GCGACAGAAACUCUGUCCUGCGGAGCUGAGCCGUGGGGAGGGACAGGCAGAGAUGGGGACGGAUAGCAGGCGGCGCCAUACUGAGGGGUGUGAGCCUCCGGUCCGGACGCCCAGCCACGGAGCAAGGACGGCGGCUCUAAACAGGACGGAGGGAGAGGACUCACCCUGAAGACUUGAUGGUGACAUUUGGGGUUUAUUUUUACUUUUUAUGUUUUCAGACAGGGUCUCACUCUUUUACCCAGGUUGGAGAGCGUUACGUGAUCUUGGCUCACUGCAGCCUCAACCUCCCGGGCUCAGGUGAUCCUCCCGCCUCAGCCUCCCAAGCAGCUGGGACCGCAGGCAUGCACCACCACACCUGGCUAAUUUUGUUUUUUUCUGUGGAGGUGGGGUCUCACUAUGUUGCUCAGGCUCGCUGGUUUUUUUAAUGGACAAAUAGGAUUGUCCCCGUUCACGGGGUAUGGCAUGCCACGCUCAGGUCAGCCGCCAUCUCCACAUUUGCCAUUUCCUUGUGUGGGGGCUCGGCUCCUCCUCCCAGUUGCCGGCUGGGUCACGGUCAGGUCCACGGUCCUCCCUCAGCGGCACCAGCACUGGCUCCUCUCUGCCUGUGGUUUUGGUCCUUUUUUUUUUUUUUUUUUGAGACGGAGUCUCACUCUGUCUCCCAGGCUGGAGUGCAGUGGUGUGAUCUCAGCUCACUGCCACCUCUGCCUCCCGGGUUCAAGAGAUUCUCAUGUUUCAGCCUCCUGAGUAACUGGGACUACAGGCAUCUGCCACCACGCCCAGCUAAUUUUUGUAUUUUUAGUAGACAUGGGGUUUCAUCAUGUUGGCCAGGCUGGUCUCGAACUCCUGGCCUCAAGUGAUCCACCCACCUCGGCCUCCCAAAGUGCUGGAAUUACAAGUGUGGGGCCCCUGUGCCCGGCUGGUUUUGUGCCUUUAACUAAUCUCUCUGGCACUGGAGCUUUGAAGGCCGGAGGCAGUGGAGCAUGCAGAGACCUGGGAAGGGCGCCCGGCGUGGGCACCACCUGUGCCAAGGCCCUGAGGGGUGCGCGUGGGGGUGCUGGGAAGGCCAAGGUGCUUCGAACCCAGGGGGUGGGCAAGGCAGGCGUCAGGAGCCCUGGGGGGCUUCGUGUUCCCCGGCGUGAGGCCCGAGGACAGGAUUCUGUGGUGGGUGGGGGGACCGAGUCCCCGUGGCCUCUGUGCUGGGGGUAGACAAGGAGGCUGAAGCUGCUGGAGGUCGUCCCAGAGGCCGGUGUGCCAGGCGCUUCUGAAGACGGGUGGGCAGACGAUGGAGGACGAGGCUCUGUCCCGCCCCUGCAGAGCCUCCUUCGUUCCGGCCCCUUCCAGCGAAGGGCCGGGCUCCGAGGCUCCUCCCCCUGCGCGGCCCCGCCCCCCUCCUCACGAAACCUGGGUGGUCUCAGGUUGGGGUGGGAGACAUCCGCGGAGUGGGAGGGCGGUGGGCGGGAUUCACCAGCGAGGCCCCUUCCCGCUGCGAGCAGAAGUCCCGACCCUAGUCUCGAAGGCAGAAAGGAAGCCCCGGCUCGGGGGGCUGGAAAACCCCAGGCUUUUCUCGGGCAGGCUGUCCCACAGCAGAGACGACAGACAGAAACCCAGAAACCACCUGCCACGAUGUGAACCUGAUGCAGAAACGCGGUUCGCUCGCUCGGGAUGCAAAGGCCAACUUCAGCCCGGCGCGGCGGCGGCGCGGACUCCAGCAUCCCGGGGAAGGAGCGGGACCCCUGUGGGUGACGUGGGACUACGGGGCGGGGGUGUCCCCGGCUGGGCUGAGCAGCGAGGAGGCUCUGGGUUGCCGGACCGGGGUCAGGGAGCCUGGCGUUAGCUGCGUGCUGUGCAGUCAUCUCGGCGAGGAGGGAGCGGCUCCCUCCUGCCCCGGACUCCGGAUCUGUCCUGCGGUGGGCGGUGUCGGAGCGGCCGUGUGGCAGUGUGGUGGCAGCAUGGAGGUGCUGCCCUGCUCCCGCGUGGCCCACAUCGAGCGCACCAGGAAGCCCUACAACAACGACAUUGACUACUACGCCAAGCGCAACGCCCUGCGCGCCGCCGAGGUGUGGAUGGAUGACUUCAAGUCCCACGUGUACAUGGCCUGGAACAUCCCCAUGACGAACCCAGGGGUGGACUUCGGGGACGUGUCUGAGAGGCUGGCCCUGCGUCAGAGGCUGAAGUGUCGCAGCUUCAAGUGGUACCUGGAGAACGUGUACCCGGAGAUGAGGAUCUACAACAACACCCUCACGUACGGAGAGGUGAGAAACAGCAAAGCCAGUGGCUACUGUCUGGACCAGGGAGCUGAGGACGGCGACCGGGCAAUCCUCUACCCCUGCCACGGGAUGUCCUCCCAGCUGGUGCGGUACAGCGCUGACGGCCUGCUGCAGCUGGGGCCUCUGGGCUCCACAGCCUUCUUGCCUGACUCCAAGUGUCUGGUGGAUGACGGCAGGGGCCGCAUGCCCACCCUGAAGAAGUGUGAGGAUGUGGCGCGGCCAACACAGCGGCUGUGGGACUUCACCCAGAGUGGCCCCAUUGUGAGCCGGGCCACGGGCCGCUGCCUGGAGGUGGAGAUGUCCAAAGAUGCCAACUUCGGGCUCCGGCUGGUGGUGCAGAGGUGCUCGGGGCAGAAGUGGAUGAUCAGAAACUGGAUCAAACAUGCACGGCACUGACCCCACCUCCGCUCAGACCCCCACAGACCUCGGGAAGGCGCUGGGCUGAGCCAGUGUGGCUGAGUGACCGGGGUGUGCCCGGCAGACACAGCAGGACAGGGCUCUAUGUGCGGCCAGGACAGCAGAGGCCGAGGGGCCGGGGUGUGGCUGAGUGACCAGGGUAUCACCCACUGCAUCUGGAGUACAGCUUCUCCUAGGACAGGCGGCUCUACCCGAGGGAGGGUGUCUGGGGACAGUGAUGCCAACUCAAACACGUGCCUUCUCCACGGUAUCUCCUGGCCAGGCUGCUGGGACAGCCGCCGCCUCUGCAUGUACCACAGCCCCCCACGCCCCAUAGGGAGGCCAAGCCCCGGACCACGCACCAGGCUGCACCCUGGCGUCUUCCACCCGCAGGCCUCCCAUGCUCCAAGCAGCCUCCCCCAGCACUUGCGGCUGCUCAGCCCUCCAACCAAGACCUAAGUCACACAUCAUAAUGCAGCUCCUUGUGGUCUGGUAAGAGGGGUGCUGGAGGACAUGGACGGCGACAAACCUGAGGCCGUGUCUAGGAGGCUGGCACGACUGCUUCAGCAGAGACCAAAUAAAGAGAGGAUUAGGCAGCAGCGCUGUGUGUGUCUUCCUGGGAGCUGAGCUGGGGGUUGGGGCCUGGUCCCACCUCUUUCCCAGGCACCUGGGCCCUGCCGCAGCCCAGCCCCUCGCCUGUUUUAAUAAAUACCGUUUUAUUGGCACCCAGCCACA